AUGUUCACAACUGCCCAGGCGCGCGGCGGUGAUUGGUGCAGAACGGUGCAGCGGUAUGCGAAUGCCCAACCCUUUUCUCCCCCCCCCCCCGUUUCCCGCCCCAUCUCCGCCUCAGACCCCUGCUACGGAGUGAAGUGUCCGGACGUAUCCAAGUGCGCGGUGCAGAACGGUGCAGCGGUGUGCAAAUGCCCGGCGCCCUUCAAGCGGCUGAUCAACAACCGGUGCUCGUCCGCUCCCCUCGCCAACUCGGACUACCUGGACCAACACAACGCCGCCCGCGCCGCUGUGGGCGCCGUGCCCCUUGUGUGGGACGAUGCCCUGGCGUCAAGGGCCAGGGCAUGGGUUCAAACGCUGUCCUCCAGUGCGCACAACUGUCAGCUGCAGCACGGCGGCGCCAGUGGCGAGGGGCAGAACCUGUCGGGCGCCAGCCCCAGCGGGUGGGCGUCCAACGGCGAUGCGGUGCGCUGGUGGGUGGACGAGGGCAAGUGGUACCAGCUGGGCGUCUUCCCCAACGGCUGUGCGGGCGGUGACUGGGCCAAGUGCGGCCACUACACGCAGGUGGUGUGGAACAACACGCGCAGGCUGGGGUGUGCCAAGGCGUCGUGUGGCACGCGUAGCGACGUGUGGGCGUGCCACUACUCGCCGCCAGGCAACUACAACGGCCAGCUGCCUUACAUGCAGGACCCCUGCUUCCGAGCGCUCUGCCCGUCCACAGCCACGUGCACGGCAGUGGGGGGCAAGCCCAAGUGCCAGUGCGCGCAAGGCCAGGCGUUGGUCAAUGGCAAGUGCCAAGCAGACCCAUGCAGGGGGGCGAGCAGGUGUGCAGGGGAUCUGGUGUGUGACGGCUCGUCUGGAGCAGCGCAGUGUGUGUGCCCCCAGGGCACCGUGCUCACCGCUCCCAACACAUGUCUGGCGCCCUCCUGCAAGGGAGUGACGUGCCCGGCCUCAGCUCGCUGCAGGGAGGACAGCAACGACAUCCCCUUCUGCGCCUGCCCGGCCUCGCAGCCCCUUGUCAACGGCACCUGUGCUUCAUCCCCAUCCACCACAGUCACCACCAGCAUCGCUCUCUUCAACCGCGCCUCCUUCACCAACUCGCCCUCCACCCUCGGCCCCAUCAUCCUCCGAGCGCCCACUCCCGGCGCUGCCCGCCCCGCCGGCUGUGUGAACGUGCCGGCGCCCAUGGCGGGGGCGGUGGGGUCGCUGAAGAUCCUCUGGGAUGCGCCUGAUGGCGCCAAGGGCACCAGGGUGGUGUGUGGGCUCAUGUGGUUUUGGAACGGGGCCGACUGCUAUGGCCGCGCCGCAGGGUGGUAUCGCCCCGGCAACAAUGUUACCACUGCUGC